AUAUUGUUAACUUAUGGAGUUUUUAUAUUGUUAACUUUGGGAGUUUUUAUAUUGUUAACUUAUGGAGUUUUUAUAUUGUUAACUUAUGGAGUUUUUAUAUCGUUAACUGAGGGAGUUUUUAUAUUGUUAACUUAUGGAGAUUUUAUAUUGCUAACUUACAGAGUUUUUAUAUUGUUAACUUAUGGAGUUUUUAUAUUGUUAACCUAUGGAGUUUUUAUAUUGUUAACCUAUGGAGUUUUUAUAUUGUUAACCUAUGGAGUUUUUAUAUGGUUAACUUAUGGGGUUUUUAUAUUGUUAACCUAUGGAGUUUUUAUAUUGUUAACUUAG